CACAGAGAUCGUCGUCACCAACUUCGAUCUCCAAUCCCCAGCUAGCUAACUAUCCAAUGGCGGGCCAAGUGAUGGAAGCUCAGGCGUGCCGGCUGCAGCCUCCCACCAUGGCGCCGUUCGCGCCACUACCUCAUCAGUACAACAACACCUGCAAGCACCUCAACACGACGAUGGCCGCCACUUCCGGCAACAACAACAGCAACGGCAGCACCGCUACCGCGGCUGGCGGUGCGGCGGCCGACGGCAUGGCCGCCUACCUCCAGCACCUGCAGCAGGCGGGCGCCGAGGCGGCGGCCAAGAGCGGCGGCGGCGGCGGCGCGGCGCGCGGGGAGCAGUGCCCGCGGUGCGCGUCGCGCGACACCAAGUUCUGCUACUACAACAACUACAACACGUCCCAGCCGCGCCACUUCUGCCGCGCCUGCCGACGCUACUGGACGCUGGGCGGGUCCCUCCGCAACGUCCCCGUCGGCGGGUCCACGCGCAAGCGCCCGCGCCUGGCGCACCACCACCAGCACGCCAGGCUCGCUCCUCCGGCGCCGCACGUCUUCGGCCUCACGCCGAUGAUGCCUCCUCCCUUGCAACCGUCGUCGUCGACAUCGUCGUCGCAGGGACAGGGACAGGGACAGGGACAGAGCGGCGGCCUCCUCGGCUCACUGUUCGCGCUCGGCGCCGCGGGCGCGGGGCCGCCGCUGCUCGAAGGCCGCGGCGCAGGGUCGUCGUUCGACUUCGACCUCGGGCUCGGACUCCCGACGGGGGCCUUACACCUGGGCGCGGCCGGACAAAUGCAAGGCCUCGGGCUCAUGGGGGGAGGAGGUGCCUCCGCAGCCGGGUCGUCGUCCUUCCUCUGGCCCGCCGCGGGGCUGCUGGUGGACAACGACAGCGUGGACACGUGGAAGAUGCCAGGCGCCGCUGCGGGUUCAAUGUGGCCAGACUUCUCUUUUCCGGCGGCAGCGGCGCCACAAACCGCCGGAUUGCUUCAUGGCGGAGGCCACCUGAUGUGAGACGAGACGCCGCGCUUCCUUCGACGUACUACCCCCUAGCGCUAGCCCUAGAUUCUAGCGCAUGCAGCCCGGUGUCCGGGCCGGUUUGCAUUGCAUAGCAUACAUAGUAGUUGGUCUUUUUUUCAGCAUUGUAUUAUUGGAUCAUGUGUACGUAAUUAAGCCGUGCUUCAGUUUUCCUUGACUCUGUUAAGCUAUAAAGGGCCCUCCAAAUCUGCAGUUUUGGGGCGUUUGUUUCAGAAAA